GUCGUGCGCGCCGGCGGACACAGCGCGGAGGGCGAGCCGGCGCCACACCUGUGGAGCCGGCGGGCGUGGGGGGUCCCGGUCGGGGUCCCGCCGCGGGCGUGCUCGGGGCUGCGGGCCUCCCGGGCGCUGGGGGAGGCGCGCCCCCCGGCUGGGCGACGCGAGCACUAUGGGGCUCCCCGCGCUUGAAUUCAGCGACUGCUGCCUCGACAGCCCGCACUUCCGAGAGACGCUUAAGUCUCACGAAGCGGAGCUGGACAAGACCAACAAAUUCAUCAAGGAGCUCAUCAAGGACGGGAAGUCACUCAUCAGCGCGCUCAAGAGUUUGUCUUUGGCGAAGAGGAAAUUUGCUGAUUCCUUAAAUGAAUUUAAAUUUCAGUGCAUAGGAGAUGCAGAAACAGAUGAUGAAAUGUGUAUAGCAAGGUCUUUGCAGGAGUUUGCCACUGUCCUCAGGAAUCUUGAAGAUGAACGGAUACGGAUGAUUGAGAAUGCCAGCGAGGUGCUCAUCACUCCCUUGGAGAAGUUUCGGAAGGAGCAGAUUGGGGCUGCCAAGGAAGCCAAAAAGAAGUAUGACAAGGAGACAGAAAAGUAUUGUGGCAUCUUAGAAAAACACUUAAAUUUGUCUUCCAAGAAGAAAGAAUCGCAGCUUCAGGAGGCAGACAGCCAAGUGGACUUGGUCCGGCAGCAUUUCUAUGAAGUAUCGCUGGAGUAUGUCUUCAAGGUGCAGGAAGUCCAAGAGAGGAAGAUGUUUGAAUUUGUGGAGCCUCUCCUGGCAUUCUUGCAAGGACUCUUCACUUUCUAUCACCAUGGUUAUGAGCUGGCCAAGGAUUUCAGCGACUUCAAGACUGAAUUGACCAUUAGCAUACAGAAUACAAGAAAUCGCUUCGAAGGCACCAGGUCAGAAGUGGAAUCACUGAUGAAAAAGAUGAAGGAGAACCCCCUUGAGCACAAGACCAUCAGUCCCUACACCAUGGAAGGGUACCUGUACGUUCAGGAGAAACGUCACUUUGGAACGUCUUGGGUGAAGCACUACUGUACAUAUCAACGGGAUUCCAAACAAAUCACCAUGGUACCAUUUGACCAAAAGUCAGGAGGAAAGGCGGGAGAAGAUGAAUCUGUCACCCUGAAAUCCUGCACCCGGCGGAAAACAGACUCUAUCGAGAAGAGAUUUUGCUUUGACGUAGAAGCAGUAGACAGGCCAGGGGUUAUCACCAUGCAGGCAUUGUCGGAAGAAGACCGGAGGCUCUGGAUGGAAGCCAUGGAUGGCCGGGAACCUGUCUACAAUUCGAACAAAGACAGCCAGAGUGAAGGGACUGCACAGUUGGACAGCAUUGGCUUCAGCAUAAUCAGGAAAUGCAUCCACGCUGUGGAAACCAGAGGGAUCAAUGAGCAAGGGCUCUACCGAAUCGUGGGGGUCAAUUCCAGAGUGCAGAAGCUACUCAGUGUCCUGAUGGACCCUAAAACAGCUUCUGAAACAGAGACCGAUAUCUGUGCUGAAUGGGAGAUAAAGACAAUCACUAGUGCUUUGAAGACCUACCUAAGAAUGCUUCCAGGACCACUCAUGAUGUACCAGUUUCAAAGAAGUUUCAUCAAAGCGGCAAAGCUGGAAAACCAGGAGUCUCGGGUCUCUGAAAUCCACAGCCUUGUUCAUCGGCUCCCAGAGAAAAAUAGGCAGAUGUUACAGCUGCUCAUGAACCACUUGGCAAAUGUUGCUAACAACCACAAGCAGAAUUUGAUGACAGUGGCAAACCUUGGCGUGGUGUUUGGACCUACCCUGCUGCGUCCUCAGGAAGAAACAGUAGCAGCCAUCAUGGACAUCAAGUUUCAGAAUAUUGUUAUUGAGAUCCUAAUAGAAAAUCAUGAAAAGAUAUUUAACACCGUGCCUGAUACGCCUCUCACCAAUGCCCAGCUGCACCUGUCCCGGAAGAAGAGCAGUGACUCCAAGCCCCCUUCUUGCAGCGAGAGGCCCCUGACGCUCUUCCACGCCAUGCAAUCAGCAGAGAAACAGGAACAAAGAAACAGCAUCAUCAACUCCAGUUUGGAAUCUGUCGUCUCAUCAAAUGCAAAUAGCAUCCUUAAUUCCAGCAGCAGCUUACAGCCCAACAUGAACUCUAGUGACCCAGACCUGGAUGUGCUCAAACCCAUCCGGCCCAACUCACUCCCCCCGAAUCCAAGCCCAACUUCACCCCUCUCGCCAUCUUGGCCCAUGUUCUCGGCGCCAUCCAGCCCUAUGCCCACCUCAUCCACGUCCAGCGACUCAUCCCCCAUCAGGUCUGUUGCAGGGUUUGUUUGGUUUUCUGUUGCUGCUGUUGCUCUCUCAUUGGCUUGGUCCUCUCUUCAUGCAGUGUUCAGCCUCUUCGUCAACUUUGUUCCCCGCCAUCCAAACCUGCACUUGCUUUUUGACAGGCCAGAAGAAGCGGUUCGCGAAGACUCCAGCACACCGUUCCGGAAGGCAAAAGCCUUAUAUGCCUGCAAAGCUGAACAUGAUUCAGAACUCUCGUUCACAGCAGGAACGGUCUUCGACAAUGUUCAUCCAUCUCAGGAGCCUGGCUGGUUGGAGGGGACUCUCGACGGAAAGACUGGCCUCAUACCUGAGAACUACGUGGAGUUCCUCUAACUGGUGACCCCAGCAGACCUGCUGAGCUUUCCAUGGUGUCCAUGACAACUGCUGAUUCCAGUGUUGUAGGCCAUUUCUCUUUGCCACUGAGAAAUGUGGGGUGAUUGACUAAGUUACCACCUGUCAACACGAAUGUUUCUAUGAACUCUGGUGUCACCCAUCCCCAUGAUCAUGUCAGCUGGCAUGUGGUGAUACUGCACGGAACAGAAGUAAAUCAGCAGGGGAGGCCAUUUGAUUUCGAUAAUCAAGAGAAAGGCUUACGAAGUCGUUCCUCUCAUUUAGCUCCCUAAAUAGGGAGCAUUCAUUUUGUUUCAAUAGUCACCCAAAUCCAAAAAAAGAAGUAAGAAAGAUGUAUGUAGUCUUCAAGAGCAUGCAAUGUAGCUAAGUCUAACGGGGCUGGGCAUUGGCUCUGAGGUCCAGGCUGGGCCCGUUGCUUCUGUUUACAGUAGAUACUCUCUCUACUCCAUCUCUAAAUACUUGAGACCCACAGUGCUACAGGCAGCUGGGUCUGUCUGGUUGCAUGCAGGAGAGAGAGGGGUUACAGCACUGUUUACAUAAGAUGCAAUCUCUCACCAUCUCCAAGCAGCCUUGGUCAAACAUCAGCAGAAUUCAGCUCAGUCCUCUCGUGCAAGGGAACACAAUCCCACCCCCAUGUUCCCCCUCCCAAGCUAGGAACUUCUUUGCCACCAAGAGCUGCUAUCACCUCGUAACCACGGCAACCCAACCUACUCUGAAACCAAACCAAAAAAAAAAAAAAAAACCACUCUUUUUGCAUGACAUAUUUUUUCUUCCCCCUUUUUGGUCAUUUUUUGAAUGAUUUGCCAACCACCUGAAGCAGAAGGUCAAGGAAUUAGAGUGGUCUGCUUGGGGCAGACAGAAUAGCAGCUGGGAACUCUUUCCUUUCUGGUGAAUUUUAGCAGCAUCAGGAUAUAUUUGGAACAAACUCUAGUAACCUCUUGAGAUUAAAUUAUAUACAGGCUUAAUACUUCUGCUCUUCCAUGCAACUAGUGUUUGCUUUCUAGGGGGCAAUGUGCUGCCUCCUCAUGGGUGGCAUCCUCCCCUCCCCUCGACUUGUUCACUCAUGGUCUCCCAUUCCAUGUCCCUUCUCCUGCCCUUGACUGCCUCUAGCCCUUCACUUACAUUGGCGGUGCCCUGGGCUGCUGAGCACUGGUGCCCUGGCAGCUUUCAAGGAUGAUUCCCAGGCUAACUGUAUGGCCUGUAGUUUUAAAGGAUAUAUAUGUUCACUGCCACUCAGAAAAAGGGAAUUGUUUCUCAGGCUUUUGAGGCACAAGACUUAUAUUGUAAGCCAUUUUGAUCCAGGAGAACACCAAAAGGUUGGGGCAUGGAAGGUAGCAUGGGUACCUUCUAAGAAAGAGAAUUUCCUGGUCCAGAAGGGGCUGGGUCUUUGUGCAAGACUGCCAGGAGUGGGGAAGUUGGGUCUGGAUAUAUCACAGUCACUUGGCCUUCAAAGGAACAGAGUUCCCAGUAUCUUCCACUUUAGAAUGUCCUUGUAAGAGUGACUCUGGGCAGACAGACUCCAAACUAAUGAUGGACUCUUAAGCUCCCCAGGAGCCCCUCGGGUUGGCAGCAUCGCCCCAGAGUGUUUCCUGCUUCUGGAACUCCUCUUUAGGGAAGUUGAAAGAAGAAAAGAAAAACUUGAAUUGUGUUGAAUUACUGUAUCUUUUACUUUUUUUUUUUUUUUGAAAAGAUAAACUUGUAAAUAGAGUGAUUUGAAAUAUUAUAUGGUGAAGUUUUAUAUUUGAUAAUCUUUAAGCUAGCACUCCACACAUUUAAACUUUGAUUGUUGAGUAGGUGUGUGUAAGAGGGAGAGAGAAGGCAAGGUUGAAGAGAGUCAGGGUCAUCCCUUCUCUGGCCUUGAGGAAGGAGAACACAUUUCUAGGGACUCUCUGCUGGCUCUUGUUGGUGGGCGUGACACACUGAUGGUAUUCGGUGGUCUUUAUCCACCUGUGUUUUUGAGCUUUUCUUGGGCUUUGAAUUUGGAGAGAGAAAGAGCAUUUUCAGGCAAUGAAUUUUUCGAAGAAUUCUUGCUCAGUAGUAAGAUGAAGCUCAGGAUUCAAAUAAGUGGGGAUAGGAGUUAGAUUAUUUUUUUUUCACUUUUCUUCUCAGGUGUAUUUCUUGGUACCCCAAGAUGUCAGGACAGAAGGCGACGGGGCUGUCGCAUGUUACUUAUAUCUUACUCCUCUGCACAUCUUCCAAGGCUGUACACAUGAGGCCAAGCUAUUUUGUAAAUGUCAUGUGUGUGUCUACGUUCUAGGAAAAACUGGCUUCUUAGGAUCUUGGGUCCUCGGUAUGCUGCUGCUUUCCCUUUCUUUCCCAUCUCAAGUUUCAUAUAACCCCAAAAUAGAAGAAAAACUCCAAAAGGGAUGUAGGCUGUGCUGUUGUUAGAGCUUUAUAGAUGACUUGAAGUUUAAAGGAGUUUGUCAUUGUGAUUCAGUUGAUCAGCUCAAGGAUUACCCAGCUAUUAUGCAAGAGUUCAACCAGCAGCAAGUGUGACACUACCACUACCAAUUCAGAGAGCAAGAAUUAAGACUGGAUGAGACCAAGAUAGGACUCAGCAAAGCUAUCACUGAAAACCCAAGAAAGAACACUCCAACUGGCUACACUUACUCCAUGUAGACUUGGGACAGCUGCGGAACCUGUUCAGUGGGGCUUGCGGGGACAAGCAUGGUCUGUGCUUUCUAAAUGUCAGGAACCCCACAUAAUGUUGUUGUUGUUGUUGUUGUUGUUUUUAACACAUUUGAUGUUUUAAAUUGUCACCUGCCGUACUGGAACCUAAACUAGAGCUAAAAUGGAGGAGCAGAAGGCCCAGGCUUGGGAGCUCCUCACUGAAGCAUAGCUGUCAACACUUGGCCCCAGCUUGACCACUUGGAAGCCUCUUCAGUUGGCUCUGAUUUGAAGCCGGAGGGAAAUGGAACUGCUGCCAACGCGAAUUUUUAGGUAGACCCCUUCCCAGCUUCCCUGUGGCCAUGCUGGGGCUGUGACAGAUGGCUGCUCUGCUCCCUUUCCCCAGCCAGGCUCACCUCCUCCUCAUUUGCUGCAGAACUGGAGAUACCAUUAAGAAUAUGAGCCAAGAAACAGGGAAGGAAUUUGAUGACUAAAAGGAGUCUUUACUCUCUUUACUGUCUAUGCCCCUCUCCCAUUCCUAAUUCUGCUCAAAUAGGGAACUUUGGGGAAGAUUAGGAGAGUGAACAAGGUAUCAGAAUGGAGGACUGUGGACCAAGAUCCCUGAGCUUUCCGAGGAACCUUGUGUUUCUUCUGUAAGGCACUUCGGUGAUGCACACAGAGCCCGAAUCUUUACUUGGGCAUCAUGAUUCAUCUCACUCGUCCAUCAGGUACUCAAAGAAGUCCAUAGCUACAGAAUUCCAUGCUGUGAAAGAUACUAGUUUCAAAUCCCUGCCGCCAAUUCCCUUGCUCAAGAUAUUCUCUUCUGUGUUCAAAAAUCAAUGUAUAGGGACGGACCCUGUAUAGCACAGCCUUCCUUAGUAUCUUAUAAUUGGAGCCAGUUUCUCACUUAGUGUUUUAAUAUUUCUGCAGCCAAUAUGCAUUUACUUCUGUCAGACCAAACUGUCUUUUACAACGUAAUUCUAGUUCAUUCCCUUUUGCUGAGUGCUUUUUGGACAGAGAGGCAAACAGAAAGAAGCUAAGCAAUCAAGCAUUGGCAGGUUGGCAUCAGCAGGACAGAGCCAUGCUACUGACAAGACUAUUUCAGGCAUUCCCAGGACUCCACAGUUUGUGUGCCAUGCCUGUAGCUCAGAGGGAAGUCCUUUUACGAACUGCGUCUCCUGACAACAGCAAGCCCAGUCACCCCAGAAGUUCUGUCUUGACUACAGAGACUGCAAAAACAUCUAUGGUUGAAGCAUGGGGAGAGAGAAAUAACCAGCCAAAGGUAAUUUGCUCCCCUACUCAUGAGUCUUUAUUGGUACCUUUCAUCCUCUGGCUUCUGUUUCCAAAAGCAAGUCUAGACCAAUAGUUUCAUAGACAACAGGAGUCCCAGGUACAACAGUGGCCACCAUGGCACUCAGAGUUUGCCCUAGUACAGAAUAUUUUAUGAGUAACUAUAUUACUGCAGUAGGUAGCCAGCCUUGAAGAAACCAAAUAACUACCUAGCUUUAAAAGGAAUGUCCCAGGUAUUCUAUCUCCAGAGUUAUCUGUCAUCUUUGGCAAACUUGACAGUAAUCAAUUACCUAGACAACCUUGCCCCACAUGUCUUUUAAGGCAACUGGGUGUCCUCUCACACACCCUUAGCUGGUGUUUAAAAAAUUCAUCUCGCGUUCAAAUGUGUUUGGCAGCCAUGCUGAUCAGCUGGGUGCUGAACCACUUCUCUGUAAUUGUAGCAUCAAAAUGACAACAGCAGAGCAAUGAACCUUGCACAAUCCUACAGCAUGCCUGAGACGAGACUCCCAACAAGUAAUAAUUAGCUUUUCUCCUUUCGCCGCCUACAGUACUUAUCUAACUAAAGAACUUCCCAAAGCAGAGGGAGAGACCAUAUAGAGAAUCCAGAUGUCAUUCAGAGCCACCAGCCCUGGCUGAAAUGUGGUCUUCCGAUGGAAGUGCUGUAUUCUGGGGUGAAAAGGCUUGGAUGUCAAGUAGUGCAGGGAGUGGAGAAAAAGAGAAAAGUAAACCACACUGAAGAACUGGGCGGGGGGGGAGGGUUGCUGGUUAGGAGGAAUAAAUAUAGUUCUUAAUGGGGAAAGAUCAACUACAGAAAAAGUUCACAACUGAUACUUUUAUAAAAGUUUUAAUAGCACUCUACAAAUGGAAAUGCCUUUCAAGGUAGAAUGCUAUAGUGACAAAAGCCUUGGGGUAGUCCUAGACCCAUAUAAGAAUAGCAAUUACUAUUACAUGAAAAUUCUUUUGAGUGUAAUCAGAACCAGAGUAUCGAUAAUCAAAAAUGUCCAAUUUCCCUGAAGCAGUCCUGGAGGGGUCAAGACAUUCUACAAAGUUGUCCCUAUAGACACCUAAGAGCAACUCCCUUGGGUAUCCAGAUGCCAGGAUCACGCUGGUACCUGUGGAAAGAGGUUCAUGUGGUGACUAAAGUGUCUGUGUAUUAGUGUGUGUUUAUGCGCACACACAUCUACAUCAGUAAAGAUACAGACACUCAUGUAGAUACCCACAGAAGCUGGCAGCCGCUGAGACUUGGCAGCCUAUUAAGAUUUCAAAUUGGAGAACAAGAGAAACGAGAGGCUGUUGAUUGUCAAAAUGAUCAAAGAUGUAAAUUAAGUGCCAUUUUAAAACUUCAUAUUUAUCAAAUGGUUACUAUCUACAGCUGUAUUCCUUAUUAACUUAUUAAAAGUCGUGUAGGAAAACAGAUCAAACUCAUAAACCUUUAGUAGCUACUACUAGGCUAGUAGUCACAAGCACUCUAAAAGACAUUUUGUCCAUAUUUUGGAGAAGAAAAUAUUUGCAUGUUUAUCUCCUAAUUUAGGCUACUUUUGAGUAUACUGUAAAGUGCUGUGUGAUAGAUUAUCAAUAAAGUACUUAAAAAUGGCACUUUAAUUUUUUUAAACCAUAAAUUAUGCACUGUUUUAAACUUCAGUAUUGAAUAUUGACUGGUGUGUAGAAUCCAAUUCUGUAAUUAAAAAGUAAUUUGUGACUAGAAUAGAACUUUUUCUCUGUUCUUAGUAAAAUAGUCUUGCCAUGUUGAGGCUGGUUUUUUUUUAAAUGUGCUUUUGCGUCACUAAGUGUAUCUGUAAGGAAAAUCCAGUUUCUGUUGAGUGGCCUCUGAAACUUGGCUUUCUUUCAUUUGCUUGGUUUAUGUGACAAUCUUUAUGAAACGAGUGGAAGUAUGAUUUUUGAAUUAAAUGACUUUUCCAUUUGG